GGCCGUCCCCCGCGCUGUGACACCUGGCCGGGAUGGAGGGAGAGAUGCAGCCCGCAGAUGAAGGGCCCUGCGCCCCGAAGAUGUGCCGACCACAACGGGGUCCUUACAGCACCCUAAAAACCUUCCAGAGCAAACGCUCGGCGGGCAAGUUGCGCUUUGACCGGUCCGGUGUAGUCGACGUGCCUCUGUUCAGCGACGGGCAUCAUUUCACUUUUCAUCCCGAGCAGCCUCAUCCUUUUCAGCACCACCAUCACCACCAACAGCGUCUGCCGCACCUCCACCAAACCAGCGUCGCUAUCAGCAGCAGCCAGCAGCAUCACCCGACGCCUCAGCAGCAGCAGCAGCAGCAACAUCGUCUCCCAUGUGAAGCCAGGCCCAGCAGCAGGGUCCCGACGUCCACCUCAGCGGCGACAACUCUUGGCUCCCAACAGCGACGACCCGGCUGCGGCGGUCCGGAGCCCAGAUUCUCCCCGGACUGCACCUACGGAAUCAGCACAGAGAACCGUCUCAUCUUGGAUGCCUUUGCCCAGCAGUGCAGCCGAGUCCUCAGCCUCCUUAACAAUGGCCGUCUCCUGGAGCCCCCAUCCUCCUCCCUGACCUCUAAUAUUAAACUGGAAGAUGGGCGAGGGGCCUCUCAGGGGCUUCACUGCUCCUCACAGGCAAAGCUCAAAUCUGAGGAGAGCUCAUCCACCACAGACCCUGAGGAAGAAGCCCAACAAAGCCAUUUGAACCAACAACAGACCUCUGCAGUUCUACGCAUCUUCACAGACUCCCUACAGAACUAUCUGCUCUCAGGGCCUCAGCAGCAAGAGCAGGACGAGCAGUGUCCGUCAGCUGAGGCUGCUUCAGAGGUGUCUCCUUCCAGACACAACCUGGGUGGCUGGGGUUCUCCAACUCCGUCAGAAUCGUAUGGUCACCCAUCGUCCACGCUGCCUGAGGAGGAAGAGGAGGAGGAGAGCUGCUGUCCACGCUGCCUGGAGCUGGAGCAGGAGGUGUUGUCUCUACAGCAGGAGAACGAGGAGCUCCGCAACAAGCUGGAGAAUGUUCCAGCUCCCUGUCAAAAUGUGCUUGACUACUUCAAGACUGUUCUUGAGUUUAACAACCAGUUGGUCCAACCGAUGCCAGAAGAGCAGCUCACAGAGGAGGAAGAACGACAAACAGUCUUUGAGGGCAGUAAACAGCUCCUGGAGAACUAUCCGCUCUUCAUUACUAAUAAGCAGUGGGACGAAGCAGUCAACUCCUCUAAGAAAGAUGGCAGGCGCCUGCUGCGCUACCUGAUCCGCUAUGUCUUCACCACGGAUGAGCUCAAGUUUUCCUGUGGUUUGGGCAAAAGGAAGCGUUCAGUGCACUCAGGAGAGCCGGGCCUGGAGAGACGACCGCUCAAUCCUGUCAAAGUCAGCUGCCUCAGAGAGUUUAUCCGGAUGCACUGUGCCUCAAACCCAGACUGGUGGAUGCCCUCUGAGGAGCAGAUCAAUAAAGUUUUCAGUGAUGCGGUGGGACAUGCUCGCCAGGGCCGGGCCGUCGGAACAUUCCUGGGAAGCAGCGGCAGCAGCACCAGCAGCCUGUACAUGGACGGCUUUGAUGGGCAUCUGUCACAGGAUGAGCUGUAUUUGAAAGGCUGUCAGAACGGCCAAUCGGACUAAAGUUAAAGGGCAAAUUUAAGAAAAAUGCUUGAAAUGUAGCUGUACAACAACAUAUCCCAAAAUACAGACCUUAUCCUGUCAGUGAAGAAAACAUUCCAGAUUAUCAUACAGAAUAUAACUGCAGUCCUCUUCUCAAAUAGUUUUUAUAGAUUUUUGUUGCCAUUUUUAUACCUUAAAUUUACUUUAGUCAAAAUGUGACUCUUGAUGUUUUUAAAUUAAACACAAUUUAAGUCUUCCAUACACUACUUUUUCUAUAGCUUGAUGCUUGAGCACUUAUUUCACAAUAAGUCUUUAAAAUCUUACACACCAUGCACACUUCAGUUAUAAUUAUAUACACAAGUGAAGCUGCACCUUGAUAGCCUCCAUCAUUGAAGUAGCAUUAAAUUCUGAAUUUCUUUGUCACUAGUGAAAGCACUUUUACCUGCAACCCUUUUACAGGAGUGCCUCUGAGAAAGUCAUGUUUUGUUACCUGUAGAUUUGCACUUUGAGUCCUAUUUUUAUUCAUUUGAAUCAAGUCUAAUGGGUCCAUUUUGAUCUCUUAAAGCAGAGAUCCACAACCCUGGUCCGCAAGACCCACUGUCCUGCAGGUCUUAGACGUCUCCCUGCUGCAACACACCCGAUUCAUAUUAAACGGCUCUCUGAUAAGUUCGGCACAUGUCUUAAUGAGCCAUUAUUUUAAAUCAGGUGUGUUGCAGCAGGGAGAUAUAUAGGACCUGCAGGUUAGUGGGCCUAGAGGACCAGGGUUGGAAACCUCUGUCAAGGACAAGUGUAUGUAGAUGGAAGGCAUGUAUGUCAUUUAUCAAUUCAUUGGAAAGUUAGACAGAUACACUUUUGUUUUAGUCAAAACUUCCCAGCACUACAGUGGCCUUGAGGUGCUAAAUGACAACACCAAACCAAUGCUGCACAACACAAUAAUAUUUCAACACCAAAACAGAAAACUUAACACAAACAAGAAAAAAAAUGAUAAGAUACAAC